GUUUGGCUUAAAGAUAGAAUCCGUCCUGAAGAAAUCGAUCAAAUAAUUUCAGCCAAAAUUCCAGACCCAUUAAUUGAUCAAGAAUUAUUUGAUAUUGUCACCAAACACAUGAUCCAUGGGCCAUGCGGUGCUUUCAACAUGACGUCACCGUGCAUGGAAAAUGGAAAAUGUAAAAAAAACUUCCCAAAGCCGCAUACGAAUGACACGAUCACGGAUAUUGAUGGUUAUCCAAUGUAUCGCCGCAGAAGUACUGAGAAUGGUGGCCACACAUUUACAAUGCGACUGCCGAACUUUCCAAAUCAAUGUUGAGCUUUGCAGUUCUGUUAAAUCAAUUAAGUAUAUUUGUAAAUAUGUAAACAAAGGCAGUGAUUUGGCCAUAUUUGAAGUACAAAACAUAAAUAAAAAUGACGAAAUAGCACGAUACCAAAUGGGCAGAUACAUUAGCAGCAAUGAAGCUAUUUGGCAUAUUCUCAGCUUUCCCAUCCACGAAAGAGAUCCUGCUGUCCAACAUCUGGCUAUACAUCUUGAAAACGGUCAACGUGUAUACUUCACUGAAGAAAAUGUUCUCCAAAGAGCGUUCGAAGCUCCGAAAACGACUCUAACUGAAUUUUUUACAUUGUGUCAAAAACCUGAUGUUUUUGGCCAAUUUGCGAAGACAUUGGUGUAUGGUGAUGUUCCACGUUAUUUCACAUGGAACAAAUCCAGUAAAAAAUGGAAGCCACGGAAACAAGGAAAACCACAUCCUUCCAUUACAGGCAUAUUCAAAGCUAAGACAUUGGGGAGACUUUACACGGUACAUCCAAAGCAACUUGAAUGCUUCUAUUUACGUUUGUUAUUGGUGAAUGUUCCCGGACCAACGUCUUUUGAAUUUUUGCGAACAGUUAAUGGUCGAGUAUUCAAUACAUACCAGGAUGAAUGUCGUGAACUGCAAUUGCUAGAAGACGAUAACCAUUGGGACUUAACGCUUGCCGAUGCUGCGUUGACAUCAACACCGAAUAACAUUCGUCAGUUGUUUGCAAUUAUUUUGACGACAUGUUAUCCCUCGCAAGCACAAACUUUGUGGGAAAAAUAUAAAAAUUGUAUGACAGAAGACAUCUUGCACCGAAUGAGACAAAAAAAUCAAUGCCAAAACAUAGAUUAUACACCAGAGAUUUACAAUGAAGCAUUGGUCUUUAUCGAGGAUUUAUGUGUUCUUAUUUCAAAUUUACCGCUUAAUUAUGGUAUGCCAUCACCUAAUCGUCCAGCCACCGACUUAGUCAAUACCGAUUUGCAACGAGAAAAGCCAUAUGACCAUGGAAGUUUAGCAACAAUUAUCAUGAACAGUGAACCAUUACUGACAGCAGAACAAAAAAUUAUUCAUGAUCGGAUUAUGCUGGCUGUUGCUGCUGAACAAGGCGGUUUUUUUUUCUUGGAUGCACCCGGUGGAACCGAAGAAGAGGGUCGUGCACCACGAAGUGCUAGUUUGGGAGACACCCCCCGACUAUAUGAGGCACUAAAUCAAGAGAGUCUUCAAAACUUCGAAAACCAUCCGGAAGAGGUAGGACACUUGUCCGAACAGCUUGAAAGCACGAUGGAUGAAGCAGCCGGAGGAAUGGAUUUACCACUAGGACCGCCUAGAGGACGCUCCAGCACGCUUCCACGGUAA